AUGGCCACUGGCAUAGCAGUAUGUGGCGCCGGUGUCGGAACUGUCUUAUUUGCUCCGAUCAGUGAGGCACUUAUCAAGGCAUUCUCCUGGAGGACGGUAUUCGCCGUUUAUGCUGGUGAGCCUUGUAACUUUAUCAGAGAUCUGUAUCACUUAUUCACCGAACUGAUAAAUUUGUGA